CAAAAUAUCGUCUAGUGGGUGGACUGUCUGAUUUCUAUUCACCUAAUUUGACUCUCUGUCUCUCUUCCUACUCUGCAAGCUGCACAAAAAUGGCUUUGCAUGGUACAGUCAAUAACCAGCAGUGUCAGAUUCACCGUCUAAAUCUCUUUCAUCGAACCCAAAUUCAGCUCCGAAAUCUCUAUUUCAACAUCCCAAUCUCGCAGUCUCGAGGCUUCUCCCUUCGUUCUCGCUCGAUUUCACAUCCUCUGUUGUUGCGCAGAUGUGUAUCGGAGAAGAUUUCGGGUUCUUUCGAUUCGGAUUCGGGUCGAAAUUAUGCAUCCGGACCACCGCAGAUCCCUCAACAAAAUAAUGUUUCUUUUGUGGAGGUCCUGAAGAAAUCAAAUUCUUUCCUGCCACAUGUAACCCUUGCUAGUACGCUGUUGGCUCUUGUCUUUCCACCUUCUUUCACAUGGUUUACCAACAGGUACUAUGCACCUGCCUUGGGGUUUUUGAUGUUUGCAGUUGGGGUUAAUUCCAGCGAAAAGGAUUUCCUCGAAGCUUUCAAGAGACCAACAGCUAUUCUUGCUGGUUAUAUGGGCCAAUUUCUUGUCAAGCCGCUUCUUGGAUAUAUUUUUGGCAUUAUCUCAGUAGCAAUAUUUGGUCUUCCAACUCCAGUAGGUGCUGGAAUUAUGUUGGUAUCUUGUGUUAGCGGCGCCCAGCUCUCAAAUUAUGCUACUUUUCUGACGGACCCGCCAAUGGCUCCUCUAAGCAUUGUCAUGACAUCACUGUCUACUGCUACUGCAGUAUUUAUCACACCACUCUUAUCACUCUUGCUCAUCGGAAAGAGACUGCCUGUUGAUGUAAACGGAAUGGUGUCCAGCAUUCUGCAGAUAGUAGUUACACCAGUUGCUGCAGGCUUGCUUUUGAACCGGUUCUUUCCCCGAAUAUGUGAUGCUAUUCGGCCAUUUUUGCCUCCGUUAUCUGUAUUAGUUACAGCUUGCUGUGUUGGAGCACCACUUGCCAUUAACAUUGAGUCUGUUAUGUCUCCUUUUGGACUAACCAUUUUAUUGCUUAUUACCGCAUUUCAUUUGACCGCUUUUGUAGCUGGGUAUUUCCUUACUGGCAUGGUCUUUCAUAAGACACCUGAUGUCAAAGCACUACAAAGAACACUAUCCUAUGAGACAGGAAUGCAAAGCAGUCUUCUGGCCCUUGCCCUUGCAAACAGAUUUUUCCAAGAUCCACUUGUUGGAGUGCCUCCGGCCAUCUCUGUGAGUCAAUGUCUUGGCUUAAAAACCUUUGUUUUUUUCUUUUCACUAAUUCAUUAUUGGCUAAGAUGACUUGGAACUCUUCUACAGUUUGGAGAGAUCAUUGUUUCAAAUUUACAUAUUGCUUUGUUCCAAGCAAUACGCACACAUUUUGUCUUUCACCCUGCUAAUGUCUUUCAAUAUGCACACAUAUUGACCCCAAAAAGAUAAGGUUACUUUGUGUUUUGUUGCACCGGGUGUAUUAUUUACAUGUUCACUGUUUUUAACUGUGAUCUGCAGACUGUAAUCAUGUCUUUGAUGGGCUUCUCUCUUGUUAUGGUUUGGGCCAAAAGGAAAGAAUAACUAGACAAAAUAGAUCUCAAAUUCUUUGAAGUUGGCUCAGUGGUUCUUGAUGGCUUGCAUAUUAAUGAAGUGCACUCAAGCAUGAU